AUGAAUUUACCAAGCAAUUCAAUGGACGAGUGGUUAUGUUGUGAACAAAAUAUUGCAUCUCUUGGUUUGAAUAAUCAUCGAGUUAUCAAGUUAUCGUGGACUGAAGGAUUCGUGACCGAACAUUCUGCUUCUACUAUAGGGAGACAAAAUUGGAGGUUGGAAAAGGAAUUGAAACGAUCAUUUCAAGAUAGACCAGAAAAUCUGACGAUUGUACGAGCGUCUACAGGUAUGGACGCAUUUCUACGCGGGCGACUCUAUGAUUUAAUUUGUGGACGAACAUUGUCAAUGAGCGUCAAAACAGGACGUAUUGCUUUUAUACAUCCUCUAGAUGUUGCAGAAAGUUUAAGUGCGCUGCUCAUAAAGGAUGCACCUGAAGAGUUAUAUAAGCUCACGGGACCUGAAGCCUUAAGUUUUAAAGAAGUUGCAGAUAUAUUCUCAUUAGAAAUUCAAGAUAAAGUGACCUAUUCGUAUUUUCCAUUGUGGGCAGUACAACCCGCGCGAUGGGUACGAGGCGUGCCUGGUGAUGCAAUCGAGGAGGAAUUAGGAAUUGCUCGAGCGUUGGAAUCUGGGGCGCAACAAGAAGUCGAAUAUGGGACAUUGGAAAAGUUACUGGGACACAAGCCACGCACAUUGCGUGAAUUUAUAGCCGAACAUGCAGAUGCAUGGCCACGCACUGAUCCAAAUUAG